GGGUAUAUGGGUAGAAAGGUGAGCAGGAAUACAAUAAAGUCUAAACACACCGUGUGAGCACCAAGUGUUUUUACCAGCAGUUAUUUGAACUUUUUUCCUGCAAAGAGACAUGGACUAGUUAAACUCGCCAAAUAAGCACAGUGCGCUGCUAAUAUUUUUGUUUACAUACUGUUUACGACGAGGUUAUUUCAACUUUUUGUGUUUACCGUAACUUCGUAAUGUUUUGAAUCGAUAUUUUCCACGAAUACAAAGCUUGUUUCGUGCAAAAACUGUAUUUUUCGUGAGUGGCAUGGGAUUUGCUAGCAGGAGAAAAGUGCCGUGGUACCGCGCGUCUGUUUCAUUUGGAAAAUCAACCACUUAAACACUCUCGGAUAUUUCAGCAGGUUUAUUUUUAAUAUCCAUGGAGUCUAUUGGGAAGUUUGAGUUCAACAGCAAAGACAUGAUUGGUAAUGGCGCAUUUGCAGUUGUGUUCAAAGGCAGACAUAAAGAGAAACAUGACUGGGAAGUUGCCGUGAAGUGUAUCAACAAGAAAAACCUUGGCAAAUCGCAGUUUUUGCUUGGGAAAGAAAUCAAAAUAUUAAAGGAACUCACACAUGAGAACAUCGUUCGGCUACUUGAUUAUCAGGAGAUUGGGGGAUAUGUGUAUCUUGUCAUGGAGUACUGCAAUGGAGGUGACCUGGCAGAGUACCUUCAUUCUAAAGGCACCCUGAGUGAAGACACCAUCCGUGGAUUCCUGCAGCAGAUAGCACGGGCCAUGAGGGUCUUAUAUAGCAAAGGCAUCCUCCAUAGAGACCUCAAACCCCAGAACAUUUUACUAUGCCAUGCAGGGGGGCGAAAAGCCAGUUCCAUCAAUACCACCAUUAAGAUAGCUGACUUUGGGUUUGCGCGUCAUCUCCAGACAAACACUAUGGCAGCCACACUGUGUGGCUCUCCCAUGUAUAUGGCUCCUGAGGUCAUGAUGUCCAGGUGCUAUAAUGCCAAGGCUGAUCUGUGGAGCAUCGGUACCAUCGUGUAUCAGUGUCUGACCGGCAAAGCACCAUUUUAUGCCAGCACACCGCACAAGCUUCGUCUCUUCUAUGAAAGUAACAGGACCCUGUUACCCAACAUCCCAAAAGAGACUUCUGAUAAUCUAAGACACCUGCUGGUAGGGCUGCUCCAGAGAAACCACAAAAAACGGAUCAGCUUUGAGGAAUUUUUUCACCAUCCUUUCCUGGAAACAAGCUCAACAAAGAAAUGCUCAUCAGCCCCGAUGCUUUCCUACCCCAGCUCUGGCUCCGGCAGCUCCUCCAGCAGCUCCUCCACAUCCCAGCUGGCCUCACCUCAACAUUCCGAUGGAGAGAUGCAGCAACCUCAGCCCAGUCUGCCUUACACCCCUACACAGGACAAGCCUGGUUUCCUGCAGAAAGACAUAGCCAGUCAAGAUGAUAGAAAUACCCAAUCUUACAUGGAAGAUUAUGUCGUGGUGCCUGCCCAGUCUCCCAAUGAGCAUACAUGUGAAGUAAACAUUGGGUCACCCCUUGAAAGUUGCCUGAUAGACUGUGGGAGCUCACUGCUGGCUGAAAGGGGUUCUGGACCCACUGGAAAGACACCCCCACGCUCUCCUAUGCUUUGCUCGCCCCCCAAGACUGUUAGCAAGCCUACUGAAAUAGUUGGCGGUAAAUGCAGCCCCUCUCUUCCCAUUCCAGUCCCAACUCAGAUCCAAAACUACCAGCGUAUGCAGUCUGCCAGCUCUCAUGGCUCCACCAGGGUCACGUUAUACGGUGCUAGCAGCAGCAGCAGCAAUGAAAGCCCGCCACAGUAUGAAGAAUGUAGAUCUCCCAGUCCAGGCUUUGCCCUCAACUCUGGAGGAGGCCAACCUCUACAGUCUUCCCCAUUGGUGGGAACGAGCCCAAAGACUCCCCCACUCAGCACAGGAACCGGACUGCUUGCUGGUUCUCCUGACAUGCAGGACAGACCCAAGCAGCAACUUCAGCCAAGAAUGCCAAACCGAACCAGGACAGUCCCAAACCUGCAAUCCCUUGAUCCUGCAUCCCAGGCCAGCCUCAGCCGGAAAUCAGCCAUUAAAAAGGGUCCUUUUAAAAGAUCAAUCAGCACAGGAAGGUUAUCUGACAUGCUUCUGAAGGCGGCCCUUGGAGUUCAGCUCUUUGAAGAAAGAGGAGACGAGAGCCUCAGCAGCGAGAAAAGCAUGGAUAUAACAGCUCCACCUGCUGGCUAUCAUGGAGUUUUCCGGUGCUCGGACAGCCCAGUUCCUGUGAUCUUCACUGUGGGUUCUCCUUCCAGUGGAAACUCUCCUCCUGAUACCAUGUUAAUGAGGAGGUUCUCAGACACUCCCAGCUACAAUAACUCAGGCUGGCAUCUCCAAAGAGGACACCGUAGGCACAGUGACACUGAAGCCAUGAAUGCUAUUCCACGCAGCGGUCUGAUUUUUCAUCCUCCAGAGCUCCCUGAAGACACACUAAUGGAGGAGCCACACACAGAUGCUCUGAGUGACUUGCAGUUCACUUUGGCUUUUGUCCAGUGCGUCAUGGAAUUGGCUUCCUUUAAGGAGCCGGGGCUGGAUUCCAUCAGCUGUCCUGAUGUUUCCUUACUAGAGCAGAGCUUGGUGACAGAUCAGAUCAGCCUUCUGAGUAGAGAGUGGAGCUAUGCAGAGCAGUUGGUGUUGUACAUGAAGGCUGAAGAGUUUCUGUCAUCGGCGCUGCACGGUGCCAAAGAAAAUAUUAAGAAUGGCCAGCUGUUUCCAUCCACUACAGUCAAACAAGUGAUCAGGAAGCUCAAUGAAGUGUAUAAGACCUGCGUGACCUACUGUCGCUCCCUCAGCGAUCAGCUGCAGACCUUCUUGGUUGACAAGCAGAAACUUAUGGACAACUUCAAUGCACUCACAGCAGAGAAGCUCAUCUACAACCACACUGUGCACAUGGUAAAGUCUGCUGCUUUAGAUGAGAUGUUCCACCACGGCACCAUGUCAGUCCAGCGCUACCAUAAAGCCCUUCUGCUCAUGGAGGGUCUGUCCCGAAUCCUCACAGAGCAAGAGGACAUCAACAGCAUAGAUAAAUGUAAGCAGUGCAUUGAGAGACGCCUCUCAACUCUGCACACACAGCAGUAUUUAUGAGCUUCACGACUACAUCCAGAGCAACUGCAUUAUCCAUCCGUCAUCACUGUAGAUGGAUCCUCCAAGACUGUCCGCACUUUGAUCUCUCCUAAGGGAAACGACCACUGGAGCAUCUGCUCUCAUUUCUUCACCCAGCCUGUAAUCUUAGUCUAAAUGCACAGAAAAGACUGGAAGUCCAGCUUUGGAUACGUUCUUGAAAACAGAUUGUGUUAUGAAUGUUUAACAGCUAUGAUCAGGUAAAUCGUUCUCAGUAUUUGUUUUGUUACAAACCGUACGUGUCAGUGCGUUUAAGUGCUUUGCACAUAGAAUGAUCAAUUACAUUAAGAACUGACUGCAAGUGUUUUAUACUUGAAACAAAGAUUACCUUGUGGUUUUAUGUGUUUGAAAUAUUUCUGUUAUGUAUCUGGUGAAUGUUCACCAGCCUAUGGGACUCUGAAGAGUUUGGAUGAGAUGACCAAAUAUUGUCAUUAUGUAAACCUGUGCCAAUUUUUCCUUUUUUUUUCUUUGUAGCAGAAGAGUGAAUAUGAAUGUACUGAAAGUGUGCGCUAACCUAACACGCAAUAAUUGCCUUAUGACUGCCUGUCUUAUGGCCAUACACUGUAGAGUGCAAUAAAUAUUUUUGACAUUUGAAUGAGAUUUUAGUUUUACACAUGAUCCAGAAAUCCUCUUUUGGGUGAGUGAUGUACUCAGCUACGAGGUACUCGAGUGACUUUUUCUUCUUGCCGUAUAAACUAAUGCUGUUUGUGUGUACCUGUGCAUUUUUGUUUUAUGUGUGUGUGUUUUGGGCUUUUUUUUUUUUUAGGU